GAUUUUGAUAAAAGCACUUUCUGUCCGGCACACUCUCGUUCUAGUAGAGGAAGUAGAGGUUGCAAUCGUAGAAAAAAACAGCCUCUUUCCCUUAGGCUCUCUGUCCUGCUCCCCGAAAGAGGAAAGCAAAGAAGGCACCAGCACUUCAGACUGAGAAGUUUAGGCUCUUCUACUCUCGCUAAAGAAGAUAAAUUCACAUUCACCCUUAACUUCUCGUACCGGAUAGGCUCUUGGACUUGGAGCUCACAAAUGCGCUAUUUGAGUGAACGAAUGCGCUGUUGACAUGAUAUAAUUAGUAGUUUUAGUUUUUUCUGCUGAAGUCGGAGACUAAGGGGGGUAGCGGUUCGUGCUUGAGUUGAAUCACUUGACUUUGGUCCUAUCUUUAUAUUUAGAUAAGUAGUAGAUCCCCUUAAAGGGAAAGGAUCUAGGUAAAAGCUAUUGGCUGCUACCUGGUAGGCAACUCACCAGGAAGAGUCUAUAUCACCGAUAGGCCAAUCCAAUUAUACGGAGUGAUGGCAUCAGUAGCCAAGAAGGAACUGACUUGGUCAGCUGUUUUCAGUUCUUGUGACUACGCUUUCUGUGGGCUUAAAGCUAAGGCAGAUCCUGAUCGGAGGGGAGACAACUCAGUAGGUAGGCUAUCUGUGUCCGAAAGCCCGAUCUGUAAUGCUUACUGUCCUUACCAAGACCUACUCUCUAAUCAGUCGAGCUUCAAGACCUUCUCCUUAACCGGAGCUGUACAAUCAAUCAGCACGAGAAAAGGAGUAGAAACUGGGUCUUCAAAAGUCCCCGAAGAUCUGUCUGAGGCAGCGGGAAGAGUUCCCAAGCGGGUCCAAGUCUGCUGUGUGGACGAAGACUUCUCUAAGAUCCGAUUCGAUGGCUCUGACAAGACCUCUUAUAUUGUUCUUAGCCUCACUCUUGAUGAACUUGAAUUGAAGACUUCAGCUUACUACUUGGAUUUUCUCUUACUGUUUCUUGCUACUGCUUUGUUCCUGUACCACUUCCGCUUUCCUCACUUUUCGUAUCACGAACCUCGACCUAAAGUAGCUCUAAGAAGAAGUCGGGGAGGCCCCUCUAAGGUCAGCUCUUGCUCUUGGCGUGUGAGCAAAGAUUCUAGAUGCUUUCUCGCUGUCCGAUGGUUGCUCGCUGGCAUGGGUCGUUGCCAAAGAUUUUUCAUCGCUAAACCCUUGAGCCCCGGAGGCCUUUACCGGAGAAAUAGUACCUUCUAUACCAGGAAAGAUCAGCAGUCUAGCCCAUGUCUUCCUUCUCCGCUCACUAGGAGUUUGAAAGCUUCAGUCAACACAGUACUAGGCGUACUAGAAUGGAUAGCACAGGUCGGAGGUGAAGCUUCUACUUAUACCUGUCAUUCCUAACUCCGUGAUGGUUAGUAAUCAAUCGUCUCUUUUCAAUAUCCGGUUAUCCGGUAAAGAAAGCAGGAAAGGGCUUCAUGGUAGAUUUUUUUUAUAGUAGAGUUUUUUGGGGUCUAUCUUUUAUCCUUAUUGAUUUCAUGGGAUUUGGUUUUAAGAGUCUUCUUCAUACCCAGGAAAGUCCGAUCGUAGAAUAGCGGGUGAUUGGAGAAUAGUAUGGGUCAGUCACUCCUCUAU